GGCCGUCGUCCUCCUCUUCCUCUUCUUCGGGCUCCGGCUGCAGUGUCGCAGAUCUUCGCAGUCGCCGGCAUUUCGCCCGAGAUUCGAACGGUUGAGCACCGGCAAAAACCCUGCGCCGAUAUGGUGGAAUCCGUCCCGUCGCCGUCGCCGCCGCCCCCGGCGCCGGCGCCGAGAUCGGCCGCGGAUCUGUUCUCGGACCCGCAGGACUCCCACCCGCUCUGGUUCAAGCCCUCCGCCUUCCUCUCCGGGGACUUCGACUCCGAGUCCUACAUCUCCGAGCUCCGCACCUUCGUCCCCUUCGACACCCUCCGGUCCGAGCUCCGGAGCCACCUCUCCUCCCUCAACCACGAGCUCAUCGACCUCAUCAACCGCGACUACAACGAUUUCGUCAACCUCAGCACCAAGCUCGUCGACGUGGACGCCGCGAUCGUGCGGAUGCGGGCCCCGCUUCUGGAGCUGCGGGACAAGAUCGAGGGGUUCCGGGGCAGCGUGGAGGGAUCGCUCGUCGCCCUGCGCAACGGCCUGAGGCAGCGGUCGGAGGCCGCGUCCGCGAGGGAGGUGCUGGAGCUGUUGCUCGACACGUUCCACGUGGUGUCCAAGGUCGAGAAGCUGAUCAAGGAGCUCCCGAGCGUGCCUGCCGAUUGGUCGAAUGGGGAUGUGAAUCCGGCGGAGAACGGAUCCCCCCUCAGUAACGGAGUGUCCUUGAGUCAUGCUGCCGAGAAUGGAACGAAUCUACGAGAGACUCAAAGCAUGCUUCUGGAGAGGAUUGCCAGUGAGAUGAAUCGGCUCAAGUUCUACAUAGCUCACGCACAGGUCUCUCUCUCUGUCUGUGUCUCUGUCUAUCUCUAUCGGCAAGUACAGGACCUACCUUUUGUUGAGAACAUGGAGAAGAGGAUUCAGAAUGCCAGCAGGCUGCUUGAUGCAAGCUUGGCUCAUUGUUUUGUAGAUGGGUUGGAGCAUCAAGAUGCCAAUGCAAUUUACAAUUGUCUACGUGCAUAUGCUGCUAUCGAUAACACCACUAGUGCUGAAGAAAUUUUCCGGACCACUGUCGUGGCUCCUGUGAUACAGAAAAUUAUUCCAUAUGGACAGUCCGGAGUGGCAGCAUCAGGAGAUGCGCUUGAAAGUGAUUACCAAUCAAUUAAGCAAAGUAUAAGAGAAGAUUGUAAAUUUUUACUGGAUAUUGCUUCCACAGAAAAUUCCGGCUUACAUGUAUUUGAUUUCUUGGCUAAUUCAAUCCUUAAAGAGGUUCUGGUUGCUAUUCAAAAGGCAAAGCCCGGUGCCUUUUCUCCAGGAAGACCCACAGAAUUCUUAAAAAACUACAAUUCAAGUCUCGAUUUUUUAGCUCAUCUGGAAGGCUACUGUCCAUCCAGAUCUGCUGUUGCUAAAUUUCGUGGAGAAGCAAUCUAUCUAGAGUUCAUGAAGCAAUGGAAUAUUGGGGUUUACUUUUCGUUAAGAUUGCAGGAGAUAGCAGGGGCAUUAGAUUCAGCACUUACGACAACUAGUCUUGUACCACUUCAGAAUCUAAGUCCUGACAAAGAAAGUCUGACGUUGAAGCAAAGUGUUACACUGUUGGAUAGCCUCAAAUCCUGCUGGAGAGAUGAUGUUCUCAUUCUCUCCUGCUCUGACAAGUUUCUGCGCUUAUCUUUGCAGCUUAUUUCCAGGUAUUCUAAUUGGUUGUCAUCUGGACUUGCCGCUCGCAAGAUGGGUGCUACGGGGUCGCAUCCCGGAUGUGAGUGGGCUAUCGCUGCUUCGCACGAUGACUUAAUCUAUGUUAUUCAUGAUGUACGUUUUCUUGCAAGAGAAGUCUGUGGUGAUUACCUGGGCCUUGUGCUUCAGCAUCUCUCUUCGUGCUCUGCCGAAGUUCAUGAUUCUGUGAAAGACAGCAUUUUGCAGGGAGGAAAAUCCUUGAAUGACAUUGUACCUUCAAUCAUCAAUGCAAUUGUGGAAGCUCUGGUUGAGAAGUCUGUUGAGGACUUAAGGCAGCUGAAGGGGAUAACAGCGACUUACCGGAUGACGAAUAAACCUCUUCCUGUCAGGCAUUCACCAUACGUAGCAGGCGUGUUGCGUCCCCUGAAGACUUUUCUGGAAGGCGAGCGUGCAAAUGCAUACUUGACUACAGAUGUUAGAAAUGCACUGCUACUGAGUGCUGCAACUGAGGUUACCGGCCGCUACAAUGAAUUGGCCUCUGACCUUGUUAAUGUGGCUAGGAAAACAGAAUCUUCGCUUCAAAGAAUACGUCAGGGUGCACAGAGACGAGCUGGAGCAAGCUCGGAUGUAUCAGAACAAAAUGUGUCUGACACGGAUAAGAUCUGUAUGCAGUUAUUCCUGGACAUUCAGGAGUAUGGGCGCAACCUUUCUGUGCUCGGAGUUGAAGCAGCUGAUAUCCCAGCGUAUCGUUCCUUAUGGCAGUGUGUUGCUCCUCCGGACAGGCAAAAUGUGAUCAGUUUCUAGAUCAUUUAGGCAUUUGACUUCUGGGUGCAAAGUUGGAUUAUAUCGUGUAAAAUAAGUUGCCUUUUUCACUUUCAUUGAGAACAGCUUCUUGUGGAUCUAUACUUGAGGGACUAAAAACUUUCACAGAGGGGAACAGUUUUGCACACUGGAUGUUUCAUUCGUUCGUAUACAAUGAAGAUCAUUUAAAAUCUUGUAGUAGAAA